ACCUCCCCGGCGCCGGCCCCGCUCAUGGCGCCGCUGGGCACAUCCGGGCCUCUCCUCCUCCUCCUCCUCCUUCGGCCGCCGCCGCUGCCCUGAGCGCCCCGCGCGACUCCAUUAGGCCGGGCCCGGCGCGGGGCGCGGCGGCGACAUGUCCAACCCGGGCGCGCGGAGGAACGGGCCCGUCAAGCUGCGGCUGACAGUACUAUGUGCAAAAAACUUGGUGAAAAAGGAUUUUUUCCGACUUCCUGAUCCAUUUGCUAAAGUGGUGGUCGACGGAUCUGGCCAAUGCCAUUCUACAGAUACUGUGAAGAAUACGCUUGAUCCAAAGUGGAAUCAGCAUUAUGACCUAUACAUUGGGAAGUCUGAUUCAAUAACAAUCAGUGUAUGGAACCACAAGAAAAUCCAUAAAAAACAGGGAGCUGGUUUUCUGGGUUGUGUAAGACUUCUUUCAAAUGCAAUCAACCGCCUUAAAGACACUGGUUAUCAAAGGUUGGAUCUAUGCAAACUUGGGCCAAAUGACAAUGACACGGUUAGAGGGCAGAUAGUUGUCAGUCUUCAGUCCAGAGACCGAAUAGGCACAGGAGGACAAGUCGUGGAUUGUAGUCGUUUAUUUGAUAAUGAUUUACCAGAUGGCUGGGAGGAGCGGAGAACUGCCUCUGGAAGGAUCCAAUAUUUAAACCACAUCACACGAACAACUCAAUGGGAACGGCCAACACGACCAGCAUCUGAAUAUUCCAGUCCAGGCAGACCUCUGAGCUGCUUUGUAGAUGAGAACACACCAAUUACAGGGACAAACGGUGCAACAUGUGGGCAGUCAUCAGAUCCCAGACUGGCAGAGAGAAGAGUCAGGUCACAAAGGCACAGGAAUUACAUGAGCCGAACACACUUACAUACUCCUCCUGACUUGCCUGAAGGAUAUGAACAAAGGACAACUCAGCAGGGCCAGGUUUAUUUCCUACAUACUCAGACUGGUGUAAGCACAUGGCAUGAUCCAAGAGUACCCAGGGAUCUUAGCAACAUCAAUUGUGAAGAGCUUGGUCCACUGCCUCCUGGAUGGGAGAUCCGAAAUACAGCAACAGGGAGAGUUUAUUUUGUCGACCAUAACAACAGGACAACGCAGUUUACAGAUCCCCGGCUGUCUGCUAACUUGCAUUUAGUCUUAAACCGUCAGAACCAACUGAAGGAUCAGCAGCACCAACAGCAGCAGCAGGUAGUGUCCUUGUGCCAGCUUCCGGAUGAGGCUGAGUGUCUGACUGUCCCGCGGUAUAAGCGAGACCUCGUGCAGAAACUUAAGAUUCUGAGACAAGAAUUGUCACAGCAACAACCACAAGCAGGCCACUGUCGUAUUGAGGUCUCCAGGGAAGAGAUUUUUGAGGAGUCUUACCGGCAAGUCAUGAAGAUGAGACCUAAAGACCUGUGGAAGCGAUUAAUGAUAAAAUUUCGGGGAGAAGAAGGCCUUGACUAUGGAGGGGUUGCUAGGGAAUGGCUCUACCUGUUGUCACAUGAAAUGCUGAAUCCAUAUUACGGCCUCUUCCAGUACUCCCGAGAUGAUAUCUACACACUGCAAAUCAAUCCAGACUCUGCAGUUAACCCGGAACACUUAUCGUAUUUCCAUUUUGUUGGACGGAUUAUGGGGAUGGCUGUGUUUCAUGGACAUUAUAUUGAUGGGGGCUUCACAUUGCCUUUCUAUAAGCAGUUGUUAGGGAAGCCAAUUACUUUGGAUGAUAUGGAAUUGGUUGACCCAGAUCUUCAUAACAGUUUAGUCUGGAUACUUGAGAAUGACAUUACGGGAGUCUUGGACCAUACAUUUUGUGUGGAACACAAUGCUUAUGGGGAAAUUAUUCAGCAUGAACUGAAACCGAACGGCAAAAGCAUCCCUGUCACGGAGGAAAAUAAGAAAGAAUAUGUCAGGCUUUAUGUAAACUGGCGAUUUUUACGAGGAAUUGAAGCACAGUUUCUGGCCCUGCAGAAGGGAUUUAAUGAAGUAAUCCCACAACAUCUGCUGAAGACAUUUGAUGAGAAAGAGCUAGAGCUCAUCAUUUGUGGACUUGGAAAGAUUGAUGUUAAUGACUGGAAGGCAAAUACUAGGUUAAAACACUGUACCCCAGACAGCAACAUUGUGAAAUGGUUCUGGAAAGCUGUGGAGUUCUUUGAUGAAGAGAGGAGAGCACGAUUACUCCAGUUUGUGACUGGCUCGUCCAGAGUGCCUCUGCAGGGUUUUAAAGCAUUACAAGGUGCUGCAGGCCCGCGACUGUUCACAAUACACCAGAUCGAUGCCAGCACCAACAACUUGCCGAAGGCUCAUACCUGCUUCAAUCGAAUAGACAUUCCUCCCUACGAAAGCUACGACAAGCUGUAUGAGAAGCUGCUAACCGCCAUUGAAGAAACAUGUGGGUUUGCUGUGGAAUGACCCUUUCACAGGCUUACCUAGGACUCUAUUUAUACUCCUGUCAUCCGGAAAGCCCUCCCCCUCAGCCAAGCCUCGAGAAAUGCUUGAAAUACAGGAAACCUUUCCCUUUUCUACGCUAGGACACUGGGAGGGAAAGGACAGUUUUGGAGUUUUUAUUUUUUCCAAGAAAAUGGGUCCUGUGGCUUUUGUCAUAGAACCAUUCAGCUGCUAUUAAAAACUAAUACCUUGAACACCUAGAAUGCUGACUUUUCCUACAUUUCAACAGUUAAGCAGUAUUCUACACUUAAAGACUACUACUAUUUUUGUAAAAGGUGUAAUCUAUUCUAUUUGCCUACCUGAUUUCUAUUCUCACAGAUACCAAGACACCAUGUUGGCAGUCGGUACAAGUCACUUUCAGCCUGGUUAAAAGUAUGAUACUGAACAGCGCCUAUACCUGCUAUUUUUUAAAAGAAAAAUAUUUUGGAUUAUUCUAACUUUGCAUAAAAUUGGCUACAAGAAUCAUUAAUCUUUUUAAUUAAAGCCACUUACAAGUUAACUGCGUUUCUUAUAGUGAAACAUUAUAUUCUGCAUUGUAAGUUCAACUUAAAUGUUACCCAGAUGGGGCUUUUUAUAUUUUUCAAGCAUGGAUUACAGAUCUGAAGUUUGGGGUCCUGUUUAUAUCAAUUGUCUGAUUCCUUAAGCAAAUUUCCUAGUCUCCGUGACUGACACUGUAUUUAGUACAGGACAUUGUGUUAAAUGUGGAUUAGCCCCUUUUUUAAAGGGAGUUCGUCAUUUCAAUUUUUUUAAACAAACAUUUUUGUAACAAGUCUCUUGUUGAGAGUAUUUUUGGUUUGCUUUCACUUGAAAAUGGAAACGCUGCAGUUUUCAAAUUCCAUAAAGCAUGCUGCUGAUGAGGUGAUGUUGAUAGCCACCUACCUGCCUGCUCAUCGGUUCAUGUUUCAGAAUCGUCUGUAUCCGCCCAGCCAUCCAAAGUUUAUGUUCACAUGCAACCAAUUCGCAGUGCGUAUUUGUUGUCUUUAAAGACUUAUCAGGUAAACCAUUUUUCAUCUUUGUUUAGCUCACAUGACGUCAGUUUGCUUAAAUUACAGCUAAGGAAAAGCAGUCAGUUCAGAUAGUAAAUGCUGAACGUGCGUGCGAUGUGCUCUGACAGUGAGGUCGUUCAAGCAGUGUCAUUGGUUUUAGGGCUGAAAGUAUAUGUAUGCAAACGUUAAAGCAUGGGUUGGUCUGUUCAAAUGGGAACAUGAUGCACUACCGGUGGAGGGAACUGUAUUUUGAAAUGCGGUUGGGAAUUCUGAGCUGUUCAGCUGAGCACGUUCUGUUCAUGGGGUGUAGCUAAGUUUGGCUACUCACGGCACAAUGGUUUUUUAGCAUUCUCCUGAGUGUGUGGUGGUACCUACGUACCUGACCUGUCUCUGCCUGCUAAGCAGGGGGACAGUGACGCUUGGCAGAGGUGAUUUUCAAUUUUGUUCAAUCGGUAUUGUGUUUGUUUCUUUAAACCUGGACCCCGAAAUCAGCACUGUGUUUACACUGCUGCUGAGAAACAAUGAAGAGUAUUGAAAUAAAAUAAAAAAACAGGACCAUUUCCUUUGCAGCCUGCAUUUUACAAUGAACUAGCUGAUGGGCCUUACCCAUUGCUGUGUAUUUUGGGAACCUUUCAACAUACAGAUUUUUUUUCUGCCAAAUCUGACUGCCCUAGCAAGUAAGUUAGAACAGGCACUAUGUAUUGGAAUAAAAGGCAAUGGUUCAUUUGUGGAGCUGUGGGGAGAAUUUGGUAGCUCACAUCCACAUACUCCCUCAGUUUCUCCAGUGGGGCUGUUCCUCUGAACUUGCUUACCAACCUGAGCUGGCUGGUGAAGAGAUGAGGCUGCUCAGGGAUCUGCACCUGAAGCCAAAAGAUCUGCUUGGGAGGUGGUCUUCUUAGACCCUCUCCCUCAUUUGCUAAGCUCUGCUUGGGCUCAUGCAGAUGCGGUGGUAAUGCUGCCUUUAAAGCUGCCCAAAGACACCACUCAAGCUGAAUUCCUUUGGUUAUUUCAUGGACUGGAAACCAGAGUGUCCAGGCCAUGGUGCGUGUGGGGCAGAACUGUCUGACUUCCUCCAGGCAGCAGGAAUGUCCUGCCACGGCCACGCUGCUGGCCAGUGGAAGUGACAGCUUCGCUGUCUCGUGCUUCUGUCCUGGUCAUGCUUGUUGGAGUUUUCCUGAACAAGAGCAGCUUGUCCCUCUAACAAAGGUGUUGUGACCCUGCCUGCAGUUUCCAUCUGGACAAGGGUAAAUGCUUUUUUUAGCAGGACACAAGCAUGGCUUUCCCCACGCUAGGUCCCUGCAGUCCUGUACAUUUUCUGAGCUGCAGGACUGCAGGGGCUUUUGUUGGCACCUAUUCCUGUGAAUUCCCAGUGCUGCUUCAGCUGCACACCCCCUCGUAGCAAACUCUCUGCACGAGCCAGUUGCCCAGGCUAGUAAACAUGGCACACACCUUCUAUGCCCCCGGGGCAUUUUAUAGGUUUGCCCUUUGCAGAAAAUUAAUUGUAUAUCAGUUAUUUCAAUG